AGAGCGAUGAAGACCACGCACUAUUUUUGGAGCGGUGGGCUUGACCGAUCCGCAGUUCAGGAACGUAUAUAGGCUAAUAUAUCUGAGAUCAAUAUAGGCUACAGAUGGGGGACUUUUAUAAACCACGUCAUACCAUUCGUCGCGUUUCUUAAUUCCAGCCAAAUAAGAGUGAACUGGACCCCGAUCAAAAAACUGCAGAGGGAACAUCAAGCGAUCAAGAAAGACUUCAGCAGUGGGCAGCUCUCUUCUGGGCAGAUGGAGACGAGAGAUCAUCCUGCACAACAAGUGAUGUCACUUGAAAAUGACAAAGGACAUGAAGCAGUUGCAUUAGAGCAACCACCUGUUGCAUCAAGUUCAGACUGUUCCUGCUCCUUAUUCUAUGCAUGCUGGAAUAGGCUCCAGCCCCACAUGACCAUGACCAGGAGUCACCCUGCUGAAGAGGUGAAGACACUUAAAGAUGACAUUGAAAAUGGAGCUUCUUCAUUUGAACAACCACCUGUUGUAUCAAGUGCAGAGAAUCAUAAACAUGUAAAGUGUAAGAUCAAGCUUCCAGAAUUCAAAAAAUGCCCCAGGAGUCCCAAAGCUGCCAUCGACACAGUGGACAGCACUUCAACAAUAGAUCAUCCUGCAGAAGACGUGAAUACGCUUAAAGAUGACAAUAAAAAUGGAGCAGCUUCAUUUGAACAACCGCCUGUUGUAUCAAGUGCAGAGAAUCGGAAACGUGGAAAGCUUAGGUUUCCAAAAUUCAAAAAUGGACCUAGACAUCCCAAAGCUGCCAUAGACACAGUGGAUAGUGCUUUGCCAAUUGAGCGCUCUUUCAAGGAGAACAUAGAGGAGAAGAGACUCAAGGAGGCUGGCUGCCAGCUGAUCAACAGAGAGGAGAAUCUGUUCCAGCAGGGUGCAGGCCAGGAGGGAGUGGAGAGGGAGGGCAGGGACAAAGAGGAGGCUGAACUGCAGGAGGACUAUGAGAGCCUUCUGGUCCUGGUGUGGCUGGCAAUCCAGAACUCGUUUAGUGCUGAACCUGGUGAGCUGGAUGCUCUGAGAUCAGCAGUGAGUGUAAUCCUGCAGGAGGAGGAGCAAGAUCGGAGGUGGCUGGAUGAGACAGAGGUGAAGGCCCCAGUCUGGAGGCCUCAGCAGUGCCGAAACACCCAUGAUGCCUUACUGCAGGUGAUGGUCGAGAAGCGGAUGGAGUGCGUGGAGGAUGUGGCUGUUGCAGAGAGGCUCUCCAGUUCCCUAAAGAAAAAGGUCUUCAAGAUGGGAAAACAGGUGCACGUGGACCUGCUGAAGGUUGUGCAGGAUGUGAAGACCUGCUAUCCCGCCGAAUUCAAUGUGUGUGACACUUACGCCCGGCUUUACCACCAAGCUUUCUCCAGUCAGCUUGUCAAGAUGGCUGAGUUUGACCUUAAUUUCGAUGACCUUGUUUACCUUCUGAGCUGGGUGCACAAUUACUACCCAAAUGAUGUUUUGAAGCACAAUGAGCUGGAGAAGGACAUUGACAUUGAAGCACUUGGGCCCCUGCUCCCCGAAGCAGUAGUCAGACCAAUGGAGGAGAAAUAUCUAUCUCAAAAAGAGAGUCAGUUGGGGGUGUGGGUGUCCAAUGCCCUGAAGAAGGAGGAGAACAGCUGGUGCAGCGGCUCAUUACCUGAACUCAUAUUAGACCAUUAUUACUUCUCCACCAUUGCCAUUGAUGUCAUAGAGAUGGUGGAUGCGGCUGUGAAGGAAACCAAAGCUAUUUUCUGUGAUUUGAGUAGGGCCCAGAGGAUCAUGUGUCAGUUGGAGAUCUUCUUGACGAGAUACAAGAAAUCGUUGGAAGAUUUCAUAAAAGAAAAGCAUGUGAACACCAAUGCUUUGUUAAAGGCUAAUUUAGCCAGUAUUGAACAACUCAAGGAAUAUUUAGAGAAAUGUGCAGAUCUCCUACCAGAGGAAAAAAACAGAUGCCUAACACUUCUGGAAGACAUGGAGAACUAUGCCUAUUGUUACUUCUUAGAUGUUAUGCACGCCGAAUUUAAGGUAGAGUACAAGCAACUAUGGACACAAGCCUGGCUUGAGAGGGGUAGCAGGCAGCUGGUGGAACUGCUGGAGAAACACAUUUGGGACUGCGAGAACCUGAAGCCCACCUGCAAGCAAGAGCUAGUGAGUCGGCUGCAUGUGCAGGUGAUACUGGAAUAUGUGAGGAGGAUGAUGAAAGGGAAGCUGAAGUUGAAAAAUAAGGAGCAGCAGGAACGAGCUGCAUCACUGCUGUUCGAAGACAGUAAGAUGCUCAAUUUAGUGUUUAUUGAAGCAGGGUCUAAGGAGAGGUGGCUGCAGGACAUUCUCCUCAAAAUUGCAGAAGUCCUCAGGCUGCAGGACCCUGGGGCCAUCCAGCUGGAGGUCAUCACACUAGCCCAGUGUUACCCUGACCUCAGUGACAAGCACGUCUCCAUCUUGUUGCGCCUCAAAAACCUUCCCAGGGGCCACAUCAGAAAGAUCAAGAGCAGCCUGGCAGUGAACCGCUCUUUGGGCUCCCCCGAAGACACCCGAUCCUUUUUCUCUAGAGUGCGGCUUCCCAAGUUUACCACCCAGAUCUAAUGACCUCCAGCUUCCAUCUGAGGACCUCCGAAGACUCCAGGUGUACUCCACAGACAUUGAUCCUGAAAUAGCCAUUUUUAAAUAUCUUUUUUCCCCACAUCAUGGUUGAGGUUAAGACCCGGUCUGGAUGGGCUUCUGGGUGGCAUGUCCAGCCAGAGCACUGGUUCAUUGGAGUGACCUGUCCCAUGGUCUGGUGUCAGAUUCUGAUGGUGCCAGUGGUGGCAACAGUGGAUAACUCUGCAGAGCGGUAUGUGAUUGGCUGGGGCGCAGCCCAAGGGCAAAGAGUCUUCAAGAUCAUUCCAGUAAGGAAAAAUUUGACUACGCCAAAAACUGUAAGGAAAAAUUUGUUAUCCUGCUGACUACGCCAAUGCUGUAAGGAAAAUGUGUUAUCCUGCCGAUCACGCCAAAUUGUAAGGGAAAAUUUGUGACAGGGAUCAAAAGACUAAUAGGUUAGAAGACCGGACAUAUCCUUUUAUUUAUUUAUUUAUUUAUUUAUUUAUUUAUUUAUUUAUUUAUUUAUUUAUUUAUUUAUUUAUCUAUUUAUUUAUUUAACCUUUAUUUAUUUAACCUUUAUUUAACCAGGUAAAAGUGAUUGAGAACAAACAACACUGACCUGGCCAAGAAGACAUGCAUCAAUCAAAACAUACAAACAUUGCUUAAAAAAUCAAGUUCACAACGGUACAUUUACAGAGGUAAAAACAAAUUGCAUUAAGUUAGGUACAUAGCAGUCAGCAGUAGCAAAGAGAUGGGGAUUGGCAUGUGCAGUUAUCAGUAAAUGUGUUUUGUAAAAGUCUUUUAAAGGAGGAUAAGGGUGUGUUAAGAUUGGAGAGUUUGAGAAUGGAUUAUAGAGUGUUCCAGUCAUGCGCAGCAGAGAAACAAAAGGAAUUUCGACCAAACAUUGUUGAGGUUUUGGGGAUGACCAGGGUGAUAAAAUUAGUUGAUUUAAGGUUGUAACAGUAAUGGAACUGAUGCAGAAGAUUUGAGAGGUAGGCAGAUGUGAUGUGUAAGAGUGAUUUGUAAAUAAACAGGUGCCAAUGAAUGAGCCUUCUGGUGUGGAGGGAUGAGCAGCCAGCAAGGGAGUAUAAAGUGCAGUGGUGUGUAGUGAAUGGAGCAUUCGUAAUAAAACGGAUAGCAGAGUGAUAAAUAUAUUGAGUUUGCUCAGCAAUGUAUUUGAAGCAGUCCUGUAAAUAAUAUCACAGCAAACAAAAAUGGGAAGUAUUGUCAUCUUGACCAGUGUAAGUUUAGCAGUGUAGGUGACGGACGUUUUGUUACGGUAGAGUAAUCUGGGCCUGGGCUUAACUUUGUCUUGUAAUGUACUGAUGUGAGUUUGAAAUGUGAGUGAAGAAUCUAACCAAAGUCCAAGAUAUUUACAUGAGGUAACACAUUCCAGGGAUGAGUUAUCCAUGGUGGUAAUUUUAGGGAUGUUGUCCAGAGUGUAUUUCUUUUUGGUAAAGACCAUGCAUUUGGUUUUCUUAGUAUUAAGUUUGAGGUGUAAAUCGGUGAAAGCUUUCUGUAGCCUAUAUCAAGAAAGGAUGAUUGAAGGUUGGUGAGGGCUGAGUGUAGUGUAGUGUGGGAGCAAUAUAGUAUGGUAUCAUCAGCAUACAGACGUAUUUGAGCAUUACCAGUAGAUUGUGCAAUGUUGUUUAUGUAGAUGGAAAAGAGUGUAGGACCUAAAGUCGAGCCCUGGGGCACACCUAUAGUAAUAGGAAGAGAUUGGGAAAGUAUAUUUUCAGCCUUGACGCACUGCAUGCGGGAACACAAAAAGCUUUGUUCUAUUUAGUUUAGUUAUUGGUUAGACUGGGGUCAUGGAUCACAUACCCAAAAUCUGAUAUAUACACCGUGGCGUUGAGCAGCACACCUGCACCUUGGAGCUCUGGUCCCCUUUAGCUACCCACGCACGCACUGGGACUUGAAAACUGCUGUUCAGGAACUGAAUCCUGAGGCUUGCAUCGAGCCCCGCCCGGGGGACUGGGACAUUAAUCGACAUUUGAGAACGCAUCUCCCAAUGUGCGGGACACUGCAACACAGAUUGUAUGCACCAGUUUUUAGUGGGUUCUUAUAAGCUGUGAACAAAGUAUUUGUAAGGCUGAAAAAGGGUUAGGAAGGAAAAUGCAGAUGGGAUGGAAAUAUGAGGCUUUAUUAAUAAACAUAAUCAUCCAGUUAAGUUAAUGACAUAAAAUAUGAAAACAUUCAUUACCUAUAGCCGAACACAGGAUCACAUGCUUGCUACGGCAAAUAAACCUAAACAUGUUCACUGACAAAAUACAUAACCACAUGAUUCUGGACGGCAAUGACUAUGGUACCAGGAGAACUGUUAAGCAGUGUCUCCAAACUGUGGUACCAGGGGAACUGCACUUAACCAAACACAGUAUGCUUAGUAGGAUUAGCAGUCUGUAGAUGAUGAUGAAUCAAAUCCAUUACACCAGCUCAUGUGGAACGUACCACACAACAAAUUUUGUAGUCAGGGGUCACCAACAAAGUAUUCUAGAGCAAAACUGCCAUCAAGUCAGACCCACACACACACAACAACAGUAGACAUUUCCACUCAAACACAGACCUACACAAUGCUGUAUCAGAACGAAAGACACUACCAACAUGUCAAAGAGGUAGGGAGAUGUGUUACUACCAUACAGCAUCUAGGCCUGUGUCUGACUAACAUUAAAGGCAUAGACCACCCAAUAAUCUAAAUUUUUCAGCUGUUUUCUUACUUUGAAAAUAGUCUAAUAGAAAAAAUAAAUCAACAUUCCACAUCAUCUCAUUCAACAAUCCACAUUGUAGUUCCUGUACUGGUCCCAACACCAAAAUGAAUGGAUAUGAUAGGACUCAGUCUAUAGGCUCAAAAGCCUAAGCUAGAGUGACUCCUAUCAUUUCCAUUAAUUCAGAAGUGAGAAACAUAUGGUUCCUAUGGAAAAGAUCCUGUACAAUAUGGAUUUAUUUAUUCUAUUAGACUAUUUUCAAGGUAAGAAAACAGCUGACUAAGUUUGAUUGCUGGGUGGUCUAUGCUUUUAAGUAGUAGCUAGGCUAAUGUUUCAUUCUUCAAAGUAGCCUAAUGCAACAGAUUCUAUCAAAUCAGUCUUACCUUAAAAAAUUGACCACAGAGGUUUGGGUUGACUCUCCUGGGCUUUCCUCCCUGUCACCCACGAUGUUGAAAGACGAUGGCCAGCUUUCACCCAGGACGUCACAAAUGGAGUAGGGUCAAAGAACUCCAAGGGUGGUCCACUGAUGUCCAAAAUUAGAAGAGAGGACAGACUUUUUGACCGGAGCCUGUUGCGAGAUUUCCUGUCCGUGUCAUUAACUGCCGAAAAUCCUCUCUCACAUUCGGCAGAGGUAGCCAAGUAGGUCUUACUGGCAAUCAGAAGUCUCUUCAGAGUCUCUCCCUCCUGUGUCCCUUGUAGUUUAAACUCUCUGAAGUCUUCAAUUGCUUCUCUGGUUAGUUCACCAAGGAGUUUGGCCAUCUUGUGCACCUCAGUCUCACCGAACAAGACAAGCUGUUCACGCUUUUGUGGCCAGCUGGACUUCUCAAGGGGCCUCAGUAACUGAACAAGGGCGUCACUUGGCAGGCGGGCAGUCAAGUUUUCAACAACUGCUUGGUAAAAUUGAGGGCUAUUUAUUUUCCCUGCUCUCUGCUGUGUAUUAAAAUGAAGGGAAACCAGUCUCCUUGUGUCUUUCUCGAACUAUCAGGCACUGUUUUAUUCCUGUUGGCUUUCUGUUGAUCUUUGCAUGCAAGGUCAGUGUGGAGGGGUGGUGUGGGUAGAGCGGCAUCUGCGGGUGGAGCUGGAGUGGUAUAGCUGGUCUGUAAUCACAGCUGUUGACAGUGAGCAUGAUUGCAAACUCUUUAUGUGCUUCUGUCGGCAGCAAGACCAGGGGCUGGAAUGAGAUGCAUGCGGGGACUAUAUAUUGUGUUCCCUUCGCCUAUCGUGUGUUGUUUGUUUGUUCGUUUGUUGUACCUGUGUCGAAUGCACAAUAAAGCCUGUGUGCGUCU